UACAACCACAGAUAUGUGUAUCGCAUCCAUUUUCUGGCAUAUACAGAUAAGGACUUGUAGUACGUAUUCCAUGUAUGGGUAUAUAUUGCACAAUCCAUAAGAGCAAAUACACGACGGAAAGCGCAAAUACAUGACGAUAAAGAGCAAAUACACGACGUUAGCAACAACAAAAAGUCAAAAUGGCUGCUCGAGGGAGUCAUUCGAUUUCUGAGCGACAUCCAUCUGUGUACUGUGAUAAUGAAACUUGUAGUCCUCUGAUUGUACGUUGUGGUCGAAAUGACUGUGGCGCUGAAAAAUGCAAUGGAGAGAUGUAUCAUUGUCCUUUGUGUCCUCCUGAAAAAUUUUCAAAAGAAAUUCCAUCAAGAGUAAAAGAACACUUUAAAAGCGUCCACUGGGAAAACAGGAUUCAUGAAUUUGAAGGUUUUGACAUUCUGAGGUGUAAGCUGUCAUGUACUUUUGCAUCCAAACGACAUGGCUCAGAUGUCAAGCAUUUCAAAGAUGUUUCGCACUAUCACUGUUUUGGAUGUAAUUCUGGAUUCAAGCAUCGCAAUGAAGCAAUUCGACAUAUAAGAAGUGCACAUGAUUUACAGCUUUCUGUUGUAGAGUUUGGUUCAGGGAAACAACAACAAUGCUCUCAAAGUCAACUUUCUCUACAUAAAGUAACCAUUUGAGCAGCAAAUGCAUCAAACUCAGUUCCCUCAAGUUCAGCAGCAUCAGCUGGAGCACCAAGUGACCACUCAGCAUCUCACACAGCUGCAAACGCAGCAACAACAAGAGCAAUUUCUACAUAUGCGGCUAUCUGAGGAAACACACCAACAAAGCAGCACAAACAUAGAAAUGUCUGAGGUUCAACAAUAUCAGGAGUUUUCUUACAUGCCUGCUCAGUCUCGUUCAAUGCGACAACAACCGCCCAGAGUUAAAUGUCCUUUCCCAGACUGUAAACGAGAAUUUCAUCCAAAUUCCCUUUCAAGCUACAUAAAGACCAAACAUGCUGCUGAUAAAAGAAAGAAAAUAUCUUCAAUGAGGUACUUGAAUGGAAUAUGUGUUGACUCGACAAAUGGGGUUUAUCUUGUGAGGAAACAACUUAGUGGAACAGAUCAUCCCAUUCAUUGUCAAUUUAAAACCACAAACUCUCCUUCUAUUGCAUGUAGUGUUGAUACAUGUCGUCAACUUAGCGAAACUGCUUCAAGAAGUGGUCAAGCAAAUUUUCUUUGUGAUCAUGUGCAGUCUACAUAUUUUAUUGGGACGUCAACUGUUGUUGAUCAUUUAAGAGAAGAUUCUCUUGAUUAUAUAGUGAACACUUUGAAAUGGUUGAAAUUUGAACGGAGGUCUGAAUGUCUGCAGUGGCAGAAACAAGCUAAUGACAAGAAUACCCCACUUGUUGUUCAGAUGCCUGUCACACCUGAUUCCUCCAAUCGUUUCUUUCAUUUUUCUGUGUUUGCAAAUGUUAAACGGGAUCAUUACUGGUCAUUUUGCAAACGAGUAAUUGUAUCAUAUGACAAUGAAACUUCAUCAUUUCAUUGCAAAUGCUGCCCAUCUCGUCGUUCCUGCAUGCAUAAAUGCAUUGUUAAGUGGGCAAUUGGACAGUGGCAUCCCUCUGUUGUUGGCACCACCCACCAAUUGAUGAUGAAAUUGGUGAAGAUUUAAGUUUACCAGAACCAGAAGAUAAUGCUGUUGAAGACGUUCUACUUGAAAA